AUGUGGCCAAAUGUGGAUGUUGAAGAAAUGUUACCACCAAAGUAUAAGAAAGAACCAUGUAGGCCUAAGAAGUUAAGGUUUAUAGAGCAUGGCAAAACAGGGUCAAGGAUGAGGAUGUCUGAUGUAGCUUAUAGAUGCACAAAAUGCGAUCAAUAUGGUCACAACUCGAGGAAAUACAAAAGAAAUGAACAAAACCCAAAUGCAUUGAAAAGAAAGAGAAAAAUCCUAAGAACCAAGGGUAAAAGUGUUACUAGAAAUGAUGAUGUAGGUAUGGGUAAAACUACUGCUGGAAAUGAUGAUAUAAGUAUGGCUAUUGUUGUUGCUAGAAAUGAUAAUGAAGGUGUUAAACAAGGCUGGAAUGACCCAGAAUUAGAUGCAGUUAUUGAAGAAAUGAUGGCCUCUUAUGAUACUUAA